GGUAGCACAUCUUCACUGCAAUUCGUAUUUUAAACCUAAAGUACCUUGUAGGCCACAGGCUAUCCUGAGGCUUGAAUUAUCACGUACCUAGGUAUACAAAUGAUGAGUAGCUUGUCGUUCCCAGCUGAACGGAGCCGCUUCCUUUUCAACGCACCCCCACGCAUCAUCAAUCAAUGGCACGCAUUCAUGCAUCUAGGGAACUUCUUUUAUAUUAAAUACCUUCGGAAUCACAAUAUCCCGAAUUUAUAUUACGUUAGGUGCAUAAUCGUUGGUUUGACCUACGCCCUUUAUUGGUUUACCAUCAAGGCUUUGGCUUAUAUAUUUGACAUGAUUUACCAGUCCAUCUAAUCGUCUUUACGAUGAUGGACAUUAGAAUUAGAUACCUACCUCUACCUAGCCUGGGUAGUUACCAUCCUACACAAUAAUAACACAAUAAUAACUAUCGAUAUCGUAACAAAUGCCUUCCACUAUAAUUCCGAAAGCCUUGGAGCCGGGUGCAACAAUCGCCUUCAUCUCACCCUCGGCUCGACUCAAUGACAAAUACCCCGCCGUCAUGUCUCGAGGGGCUGCCGUCCUGGAAGGACGAGGUUACAAGAUUCGAGAAUUCUACAAUAAGGACAACGGCAUCCAAUCGUCCAUUACCAACCGCUUAUCCGAGCUGCGCGCCGCGUUUUUAGAUCCCGAAGUCUCCGCUAUUAUCUGCACCAUCGGCGGGCCAUCCUUCACGGAGCUUCUACCAAGUCUGAUCGCCGAUCGGGAUUUACACAGUGCCAUUCGUGCCAACCCUAAAAUAGUCGUAGGCUAUUCCGAUAUCACUGGUCUGCACUGGUUUUUAUAUGCGUUCGCGGGACUCCGCACCUUCUACGGACCAGGAAUUAUACCAGAACUUGGCGCGGCCGAAUCCGUCGACGACGAAACGUCGCCGCUCGCAUUUUCUGUUAAGCAUCUUUUCCAUGUCAUCGCCGAUCGCGAGCCUGUCGGUGACAUUCCCCGAUCGCUGACGUAUGCGCACAAGCUCCCUGCUUGGUACCUCGAGCCGGAAUCAACACAGCCAACAGAGCUCGCUUCCACUCCCGGUUGGAUAUGGCUCCGGCCAGGUAAGGCGCAGGGACGGCUCUUCGGUGGCUGUUUGACAGUUAUGGCACGUCUCCACGGAAUACAACCCCUUGUUCCGGAUUGGCGGGGCCGAAUCGUAUUUAUCGAGACGGCUACAGGGGAGGAGUAUGGAAAAGGCAAUCCAAUCUAUCGCGUGAGAGCUGGCAUCGCAGACCUUAUUGCUCAGGGCGUAUUCGAAGAAGUCGCCGGCUUAGUGGUAGGACGACCGUUCGGGUACGACUCUCCUGCGGAGAGAGAAGAAUACAUCAGUGUUAUAAAAGGCCUCUUGUGUGAUGGCCCGCUGGCCAAGAAGAGCUUCCCUAUCUUAUUCAAUGUUGAUUUUGGACAUACGUCGCCGAUGGUUACCUUACCAUUCGACGCACUGGCUGUGUUGGACUCUGAAAAGGAUCAGUUUGCUAUCCAGGAGUCCGGAGUCCUAUGAUACCGCUUUCAAGUCUAAAAGAGAAGACAAAAUAAUAGUAAAAAAUAUCAUAACGGUGCAUAUAUUGCUAGAGCCUCUAAAUCAUUUGACUUGCCCAUUGAAGACUCCAUUGCGACAUCAGAUUCGUUGGCAUUAGAUCCAUUAUGAAUCACCAAAGCAUGCACAACGAAGAGCUUGCAACAACAUCAAGGGUCGAGCCUUAUACGUA